AUGACGCUCGGCGGACUCCUCCAGCAGACGGCCGGCCAGCUCCACCAGCUCAUCGCCCAGCAGCCAGCGAGCAGGAAAAACAGCAGGAAAACUCAGCCGAGCUGGCCCCCAGACGAAUGGUUCAGUCGGCCAGCCUCAUCCCAUCCCCCCACCUCAUUCAGACCACCCCCACUCCACCCCAGCCGCACUAACCAGCCGCUCGUCAAAGAAACACUCGAUGCCCACUCCAGCUUCAGCGAACUCGGCCAGAAACAGGUCAACCAAUACCUCAUCAAACAAGAGAUCGGCAGAGGCUCGUUCGGCGCCGUCCAGCUCGCCGAAGACGCCCAGACGGGGCUCUCCUAUGCGAUCAAGGAGCUCUCCAAGACCCGGCUCAAGAGGAAGUUCGCAAGGGAACUCAUGCUCAUCAACCAGCCCUUCAUCGACCACCACCACCACGAUGCACUCUUCCUGAUCAGAAACGAGGUGGCGAUCAUGAAGAAGAUCAGACAUCAUAAUCUCGUCCGAUUGCACGAGGUCCUGGACGUCGAGGGCGAGGACAGCCUCUACAUGGUCAUGGAGUACUGUCCCGGAGGCUCGCUCAUGCGGCUCGUCCAGGAGACAAGGCUCGCCCGGCAACCUUCCCAGAAGGACCAGGCCCCCGGGAUCCUCAGCGCCGGGCUCGACCUCGACCUCGCCCGCAAGUACUUCAGACAACUCGUUGCCGGGAUCGAUUACCUGCAUCGGAACGAGAUCAUCCACUACGACAUCAAGCCCGACAACCUGCUCCUCUCGUCCGACAAAAAGCAGCUCAAGGUCGUCGACUUCGGCAUCUCCGCCAUGUUCGUCAAGCCCGGCGACGACAGCACGGUUUCCCGGACCAUCGGCAGCCCGGCCUUCCUCAGCCCCGAGCUCAUCAACGCCGCCAACGCCGACGGCCCCGUCAGCGGCACCGCCGCCGACAUCUGGGCAAUGGGCGUCACGCUCUACUUCAUGCUCACCGGCUCGCUUCCGUUCCCGUCCGAACAAAUCAUGGCCAUGUACGACGCCGUCGAAAACCAAGCGCCGGCGAUCCCGGAUGAGUGGGAUGGACCGCUGCUGGACCUGAUGAGUCGGAUCCUGGACAAGCAGCCCUCGACGCGGAUCAAGAUGGCCUCGCUACGCGGGCACGGAUGGCUGACGAACGGGGGCAAGCUGCCGCCGGUCGACGGGGGGGAGCCUAGCCCAAGGGCGGGCUCGGUGCCGGACAAGUGCCGGGGCCCGCCGGGCGAGGCCGCGCCGAGGAUCUCGGAGACCGAGCUGUCGGACUCGUUCCGCUUCGGCUUCACCAACCGCUGCUCCGUCUUCUCCGAGCUCGUCGACAACGCCCUCAGACUCUCCUCCUGGAAACCCGCCUCCGCCGCCUCCUCCUCCUCCGCUAAUACCCCACCCCAUCUGCUCGGCCGUCGCAAGGAGCUCUUCUUUAAGGAGUUCCAUCGCCAGAUCAGCGAACGGACGAAGACCAAGUUCCAGCUCCAAUCGUAG